UCCUCUUAUUUAAAUACAUUAUACACAUGAAUUGGACACGAACGCUCUUGAACCGAACAUUUCACCCCCCGCAUUUUUUAGAGCUCUGGUCCUCUGAUUCUCCAUCAAUGGAAAAAUCCACCCAUUCUUACCAAAAAUACGCCAUCAAACAAAGAAAUCCCGACCCCAAAACCUCUGCUCUCCUCGUCAUUGACAUGCAGAAUUACUUCACCUCCAUCUCAGCCCCAAUCCUUCCCGCCCUCAAGAACACCAUCCAUCUCUGCCGGACCACCGAAAUCCCUGUGCUCUUCACCCGCCAUGCCCACCAAUCCCCCGCAGACUACGGCAUGCUGGCUGAGUGGUGGAACAACGAUCUCAUUCUUGAUGGGACCACCGAAUCGGAGCUCAUGCAAGAGAUCGGGCGGCGGAGCACCGAAACGGUGGUGCAGAAGAGCACAUACAGCGGAUUCCAGGGGACGGAUCUGGAGGCGAUCUUGAAAGAAAGAGGGAUUGAGGAGGUGAUAAUCACGGGUGUUAUGACAAAUCUCUGCUGCGAGACUACAGCAAGGGAUGCUUUCGUGAGGGGUUUUAGGGUUUUCUUCUCGACGGAUGCGACGGCGACUUCGACGAAGGAGCUGCACGAGGCGAGCUUGAUGAACUUGGCUUAUGGAUUCGCUUACUUGGUGGAUUGCGAGAGCCUGAGAAAGGGUUUUGGGUUGGUGGGGGAGGAGAUGUAGCGCUCUCGCAUGCGUUUUGAGUCCAUAGAAAAUCAGUUCGUUGCGCACCGGACUAGAAUGGUGGUGGGGUCCACCUGACGAGUGGUUUGGAUCUCGCGGGUGGGCAUGUUAGUUUUUUUUUUUUCUUGCUUUCUUUUGUUUAUAAAUAAUCUAGUGCUUUUUUUCUUUCUAUGGCAUU